AUGUGUCAUACAGCCGGCCGACAUACAGCCAGCGCAGAUCCAGUGUUCGUUAUCCCCCAGACCCAGGCAACGGACCCGACUUUCCGUAUUUACGCAGAAUUCCCGGGGGCAGUCGUAGCGGCCCAGCGGAAUAUUAGGGCCGGCUCGGAACCUGGAGCCCUUCUCUACGCCGCCCCGGCGCUUCCCCCUUCAUACGCACCUCCCUCCGGGCCCCUGGCCCCUACGUUUCUCUCCUCACCCUUUUCCCUGCUGCUGCAGCUCUCCGCGCUCAGAUUCCCAACGUUAACUCCACGGCGGCAGCGCACAAUCACCAGCCCAUUCACUCACCAAGAGCUCGGGGAAGCGCCAGGGCUUUUUGAAUGCAAUUCCCGCGAGAACUCACGUCACGCGAUACUUUCCGCCCUAGCGUGGCGUAAAGGGAAAAAAAGGGAAGGAACUCCCAAGACAGUGCCACGCCCCAGCUACGGCGGGUUUGGCGCAGGCUCUAACGUAGCUCUGUGUCGCGUCAGCAUUACUCACGGUUUUGGUCUCACCACUCCAGUGAAAUGGCUCUUCUCAACAUCACCAAAAAGCACUUACUUGAUUUCAGUGUCCUUGAGAAUAUUCCCAACCAAAAGGCCAUGGAUCAGAAUGAUUUGCAUUGAACAGAACCCUAAACAGGCUAAAGGAAUGCUUGCCAAACACAACUCACCUGGGAAAAAUGUGUGUCAAGGCGGGCUGUCUGUUGGAUGCCCGAAUAACUGGUGUGCUUUGCAUUCAGAUGAAGUGAGUGAAGAUGUUUCCAUCAUGUUGGUCGUUAUUCCUCAAGAUACUUAUAAAAAGAGUCCUGAUUUCAUGCUCUUCUCUUUAGGCAGAGAACAGUAUGCUUCUUUUAUAUUAAGGUCAUAAUGAUGUUUACUUUUUAUAACUUAAUUGCCAGAUAUCCCAGACUUAAAAUUUUGUAUUUAAUAGCAGUAAGUAUCUUUAGGCAAGUGUUCUGGUCAAAUUAUAGUCCCCUUCUGCACCAUUACAAGGCUGUUGAUCCAGUGUCCUUCUUAAAAUGGUCAGCAUAUACUUAAUAGUGAGCCACCUCAAAUCUUUUUCUGAAAGUAGAUAUAAUCUGUUCAUUGACUUAUUCACACAAUGAUGUAACAGAUAUUUAUGGGUAUUCAUUAUAUACAUGACCCUGUGCUGUUUGCAGAGAAACCAGAGGCAAAUAAGACCCUCUACCUCUGUUCUCAUGAUUCUCAUAACCCAUAGGGAAUGAUAGUUAUUAAAUAUCUUUACCAGUGAUUUUUUUAAAUUACCAGAAAGGAGAAACAAAUGGUCUUAUGAGAACAUGAAAUAAAAAGUGCAGGAAUAAUGAUCCUCACAUGCGUAUUCUGUAGAAAGCCUUCCUAACACUCAAUGAAUCUAAAUUGCAGAUCUCACAAACUUUUUGGCUGAUUUGUAUAGACAGACUGAAAGAGAUGCUUUAGAUAUAAAUAACUGGGUCAUCAUUAUUAUUUGUCAUUUUAAAAAAUUUAUCCAUAUUUAGUUCAUGAUUAUCAUCAAUAAAUAAUAAUCUUCAAAA